AAGUUUGAAAAACAUAGUGUGGUUUGGUUUUGGAAAACGUUGGAUAACCAGGCACCGGCGGUAACGAAUAAAGCAAGCACAAAAAGGAACCUAGUCUUCGAAAACGAGCUACCGCUCCAGAAGAACCAACAGAUCUGAGCAUCCAUCCGGAGCUCUUACUUGUCGGCUCAAUCAUUCUUCUUCACCCUUCUACAGAAAAAAAGCCUGCGCAAGGCCAAUCAUCAACAAAAUCCGCAUCUCCGACGCCCUUACUCCUGCUCUACUUCUCGCCCAUGCCUGAAAAGCCUCCGCUCCAAACGUCAAUCUGCCGUGCGUAUCCCCUUGCCUUGUGUGUGUGUCCUCAGCUUAGGGUUUUAUCUUGUGAAAUAAGCUGCGAUUGGAUAAAGAAUUUGGUUCUGAUUGGCGUCUUCCAACAUGGGUCUGAGAGACAUUCUACCACCAGUAAAAUCAAAUAGCAGUGAGAAAUAUGACCACUCAAAUGACCCAUGGUUUAAGAACAGGUACAGUGCACCUGAGGAAGAAAUAACUGCAGUUGUCAAGGCAAAACCGGUUCCCCCUUAUUUGAAAAGGGCUGGGUUUAGGCCAUCUAAGCUUGAGGAUUUUGGGGAUGGAGGUGCCUUCCCAGAAAUCCAUUAUGCACAGUAUCCUCUUGAUAUGGGGAGAAAAAAGGACCGCAACCCUGCAAGCAAGACAUUACCUCUUAGGGUCGAUGAACAUGGUGAUGUCAGGUAUGAUGCAAUUGUGAAGCAAAAUGAGAACUCAAAGAAAAUUGUGUAUUCUCAGCAUACAGAUCUCAUUCCCAAAGUACUGAAAGAUGAAACCGAUGACAAAGAGAUGGAGAGUGAUGAGAAGCAGAAGGUAAUUGAGGACACUGCCAUGGAGACAAAAGCUGCACUUGAGAAAAUAGUUAAUGUGAGGCUGAGUGCGGCACAGCCCAAGAAUGUUCCCACACAAUCUUCAGACUCAAAGUAUAUCAAAUACAAACCAUCCCAACAGUCAGCUGCUUUUAACUCAGGUGCAAAGGAGAGGAUCAUUAGGAUGGUGGAGAUGCCUGUUGACCCAUUAGAGCCACCAAAGUUCAAACACAAAAGGGUUCCAAAGGCUUCUGGUUCUCCUCCUGUGCCUGUCAUGCAUUCUCCGCCACGUCCUGUCACUGUGAAGGACCAACAAGACUGGAAGAUACCUCCUUGUAUUUCCAACUGGAAAAAUCCGAAAGGUUAUACAAUUCCACUCGACAAGCGUCUUGCAGCUGAUGGUAGGGGACUUCAAGAGGUCCAGAUCAAUGACAACUUUGCUAAGCUAUCAGAGGCCUUGUAUGUAGCUGAACAAAAGGCCAGAGAAGCUGUUGCCAUGCGAUCUAAGGUGCAGAGGGAGAUGAUGAUGAAGGAGAAAGAAAGAAAGGAGAUUGAACUUCGUGAGUUGGCCCGGAAGGCAAGGUCUGAAAGAACUGGUGGUGGGGGUGGUGUUGCACCGCCACCUCCUCCACCUGUACCUGCUGGUGCACCUUCUGCAAUUAGUGGGGAUGAUGAUUAUGAGCAUCAGCACGCACCGCCUAAAGAAAGCCGAGAAGAAAAGGAAGAGAGAAUGAAGAGAGAAAAGAUCCGUGAAGAGAGACGCCGGGAAAGGGAGAGGGAGCGAAGGUUGGAGGCUAAAGAUGCUGCAAUGGGGAAGAAAAGUAAGAUCACCAGGGACAGAGAUCGUGAUGUCAGUGAGAAGAUGGCUCUUGGCAUGGCCUCCACGGCAAGAGGAGGAGAGGUGAUGUAUGACCAGAGGUUAUUUAAUCAGGAGAAGGGGAUGGACUCUGGAUUUGCUACUGAUGAUGCAUAUAAUAUUUAUGACAAAGGUCUCUUCACUGCCCAACCUACCCUCUCCACACUUUACAAACCAAAGAAAGAUGCGGAUGCUGAGAUGUAUGGCGGCGAGGAUGAACAAAUGGAUAAGAUUAUGAAGACUGAGCGGUUUAAACCUGACAAGGGAUUCACUGGAACUUCUGAGAGAACUGGCCCGCGAGACCGACCACUAGAGUUUGAAAAGAAGGAGGCUGAGGAGGCUGAUCCGUUUGGGUUGGACCAGUUCUUGACUGAGGUGAAGAAGGGCAAGAAAGCCAUGGACAGGGUGGGCAGUGGAGGUACCAUGAAGGCCAGUGGGGGCUCCACACGAGAUGAUGGCUAUGACCGAGGAGGAUCUGGCAGAACAAGGGUUAACUUUGAGAGGGGGCGUUAAACAUGCAUUUUUCAUUGCAACAGUUUGGAUUGCAUAGGUUGCCAAUCCCUUGAACCUUCUUUUUAUGCGAUUUAGUUUUAGUAGGUGAGCUAAGAUUAAUGAUGUUUUUUUCACUUGAUGCUCUGUUAUUGUGUAAACACAUUUACAUUGCCUUCUUGAUAAGAACCAUACCUCUGUUUGCUCAAUAGUGUUAAACUGUUAUGUUUACAUUGGUGUAAGCUUGUAGUUUACACUAAGGCUAUGUUUGGUAUGAUGUAAUCAAUCAUGUAAUGUAAUAAGCAUUACGUGUUGAUUCGAAUACGAUGUUUGGUAUGACAUUUUAUUUUUAAAUCAUAGUGUAAUGACCAUUGCGUAUGUGGAACUCAUUACUUUUAUAUAUGUAUGUUUGGUAAUGUAAUGCAAUAAGCUUUACAUU